AUGUUUCCCUUCGACGUGAGCGCCAUCCCUACGCUACCCACCCGCAAGGGUCUGCUGCUAGUCGACUUCCAAAACGACUUCCUGUCCGCCGACGGCGUCCUUCCCGUCAUUGACCAUGACGACCUUGUUGCUCGGACCGUUGACCUGGUCAAGGCUUUCCGCAAGGUUGGCGACAUCAUCUGGGUGUGCACCGAGUUCGACAAGUUCCGCUCUGCCGCCGCCGAGCCCAUCUGGGCUACUGAUGCAUUGCCGAAGCCCAAGGUUAUAGAAUCGCGCACGCGAAGGAGACCUCAGCUUGCCUCUGCAGCCCCAGAGCCUGAAGAGGCCUCGGAUGCAGAUCCCGAGGCCUUCCUCAGCCAGCCCGGUCCUGAGAUUGUUCGCUCCGCAACCCGCGGCGCUGCUUUCCCCGAAGCCAUCAAAGCAGCCAUCGGCAAGAGGGAUAUCACAUUCAUCAAGUCUCACUACUCGGCCUUCACUUCUGGUCAGCUAUUGCAGACCUUGCGCGUCAAGUUUGUGCAUGAGCUCUACAUCUGUGGCUCCCUCGCCAACAUUGGUGUUUACGCCACUGCCAUGGAUGCUGCCAAGUUCGGGUACUCCAUCACUGUGGUUGAGAACUGCUGCGGUUUUCGUUCCGAUCUUCGCCAGACCAGUGCCAUGCAGAGCCUCGUCGACGUGACCGGCUGUGAGGUUGACGAUAGUGAGACUAUCAUUCAAAAGCUGCAGCCCAGGACCACCCGGGAGUCCGCCUCAUCGUCGCCCGUUGUACCCAAAAGGGUCGCCGAGGCUGGCGAUGGCAAGGCGCCUCCCGCGCCUGACGCUUACAAGCUGAAGAUCGAGCAUCAGAUGGCCGCACUUUCACUUGAUAGCCCGGUAAGUGGGCCUUCGAGCUCGCGGUCCGGCAAUGCUGCGGGCCAUCAUGAUUGUGCAACCGUCUCCGAUCCCUUGGAGGCUGACCCAGCCGCACAGCCACCAAAAGCGACCGCGCGUGACUCAUCCGACAAAGUGAUCUCAAGAAAACCGUCGGGCAAAGGUUGGACAGCGUCUAGCUCGGCUAUAAAGCCGGAGAGCGAUGAUAUAAAGGAACCCCAAAUCCUCAAGUCAGCCGUCGACGAGAGGACUUCCUCUGCAUCCGACCUUGAGCUCGAGCCCGACUCGACACCUGACACCAAGACUGCUACCAAGCCAGGGCAGAAGCAAGAGUUGAAGCUGGAACCGGGGAAAGAACCGGAGCCCAAGUUGGAGACAAGGGAGCCAGACGCGAGACCUGGCCAGGCAGAGGAGCAGGCAAGCAUGGACGAAGAAGUCAAUGUAGAGGACCCCUCCCCGCAGACCACCGAGCCUCUCUGCGAGGGCGACACGACCGUCAUCUAUAACAUUCUCCCAGCCCCCUUGGCCGAGGACAUCUUUGAGAAAGUGAGAGACGAGGUUCUCUGGCAGAGAAUGUCCCACCAGGGCGGCGAGGUUCCCCGGCUGGUUGCCGUCCAAGGCGAGGUGGCAGAUGAUGGAAGUGCGCCAGUUUACCGGCACCCGUCCGACGAGUCGCCGCCUCUGCUUCCUUUCUCGCCGACGAUACAGAAGAUCAAGGCCGAGGUCGAAAAGCAGCUCGGCCACCCGCUGAACCACGCCUUGAUCCAGUUCUACCGCAAUGGCACCGACUAUAUCUCCGAGCACAGCGACAAGACUCUGGAUAUCGUCAAGGGGUCGUACAUUGCCAACGUCAGCUUGGGAGCCGAGCGGACCAUGGUACUCAGGACCAAGAGGCGGGAUAAGAAUCCGUCCAGUGCUGAAGUGCCGUCAGGGGAGGACUCAAAGCAGCGCAAGACCUCUCGCGCGAGGUUGCCGCAUAACUCUCUGUGCCGCAUGGGCCUGGUGACCAACAUGCGCUGGCUGCACGCCAUCCGGCAGGACAAGAGAGCGGACCGGGACAAGACCGCUCCGGAGCUGGCCUUCUCGGGCGGGCGUAUCUCCCUCACCUUCAGGCAGAUUGGCACGUUCUUGAAUCGGGAUAGCACCCUGAUCUGGGGUCAGGGUGCCACCGGCAAGACGAGGGAGGAGGCCCACGCGGUCAUCAACGGGCAGAGCCCCGAGGCCGUGAGGAUGCUUCAGGCCUUUGGCACGGAGAACCACUCGACCGAAUUCGAUUGGGACAGGUACUAUGGCAAGGGCUUCGAUGUACUUCACAUGAGCAACUCCCCUCGUCUCUGUGCCUCGCCCGAUCCCGUCGUCAACAUGCGCAUUACCCUGAUGCUGGCUGAAUACGGCAUCACCUACUCCAAAGGUAGCAUGUCUCCGUCGUUCAACUGGAAGGGGGGUGACCCGAGCGCCGAGGACGCCCCCGCCGUACCCGAGUCCUUGCCAGUCAGGUUCGUCGACAAUGACGCGGCAAAGUCGACGGUGCAGGGCGAGCUGGCCAUCAUGCUGUAUCUUGAUGCAGUUCACGCUGUAUGCAGGGCCAACGCGGCAGUCAGAUCACAGGCCGACACCGCACGGGUUCUUACACGUUUCCAGCAAGGGUUUUCUCUUCUCGACAAGUGGCGGCGACUGCCAGAAUUCAAUGAGAAGAAGAAGACGACAAGGCGCAACCUCGGGCACCUGAGGCGGGAGCUGGCCAUCUGGGAGGGGUACGCGGCCGAAGCGGACUUCAUCGCAGGGCCAAGCAUCUCAUUGGCGGACUUUGCCGUCUGGCCGGUGCUGCACGCCAUCGUCGAGGAAUCCGGCGUCGAAGCGUUGGGCGCGAACAAGAAGCUGAGGGAGUACUACGAGAAGGUCAAGGCCAGGGAGUCCGCUGUCAAGAUGCGCGGCGCAAACCAGCCCGACAGCGUGGAUGCCAAGCAGGCUUGGAACUCGGGAGGUGCCCCUACGUGUGUGAUGUGA